AAAAAAUAUUACAAGGAUGGUCGUAAUUAGGGUAUUGCUUAAACCCUAGGGUUUGAGAUCGAAGUGAGAACUGAGAAGGGAAGGGAUGAAGAUAGCGGUGGAAGGGUGUAUGCAUGGCGAUCUGGACAAUGUGUACAAAACCCUUCAACAUCUUGAGAAAUCCCAGAACACCAAAAUCGACCUCCUCCUCUGCUGCGGCGAUUUUCAGGCUGUGAGGAACGAGGAUGAUUUGAAGAGCUUGAACGUUCCACCGCGCUAUCGCUCCAUGAAUUCUUUCUGGAAGUACUAUUCCGGCUUGGAGGUUGCCCCUUAUCCCACCAUCUUCAUCGGUGGCAACCACGAAGCUUCCAAUUACUUGUGGGAACUGUACUACGGAGGAUGGGCUGCACCUAAUAUCUACUUCUUAGGGGUUGCUGGGGUGGUCAAGUUUGGGAAUAUCCGAAUCGGUGGCCUGUCUGGAAUUUAUAAUGGUCGUCACUAUAAAUCAGGACACUUUGAGAGGCCUCCCUAUGAUCAAAGCACGAUCAGGUCUGUGUAUCAUGUUCGUGAAUAUGAUGUUCACAAACUCAUUCAAGUCGAGGAACCCAUUGAUAUUUUUCUUUCACAUGAUUGGCCGCUGAGGAUCACUGAUUUUGGGGAUUGGCAGGAGCUUGUUCGGCGCAAACAUUUUUUUAAGAAAGAGAUAGAGGAAAAAAGGCUUGGGAGUAAAGCUGCUGCUCAGCUUCUAGAAAAAUUGAAACCACGUUAUUGGUUUUCUGCUCACUUACACUGCAAGUUUGCUGCUCUUGUUCAACAUGGGGAAGGAGGUCCACUGACAAAAUUCCUUGCACUUGAUAAAUGUAUUGCCGGGCGAGAUUUCUUACAGAUCGUGGAAAUAGAAUCAGAGGCUGGACCUUAUGAGAUUCAGUAUGAUGAAGAGUGGUUAGCAAUAACACGGAGGUUCAACUCUAUCUUCCCUCUGACAACCAAAGGUGCAGAUUUCAGAGGUGCAAAUCUUGAGAUGGAAGAUUGUCGUGAAUGGGUUAGAAGCAGGCUACAAGAGAGGGGAUGUAAACCUUUUGAAUUCGUUAGAACCGCUCCAUGUUAUGAACCUUCUCAGUCCAAUUUUGGCGGUGCUUCUGCCGUGAAUACUCGGAAUCCUCAGACAGAAUCUCUUUUGCAGCUUCUAGAACUUCCAUAUCUUCUUGAUAGCAAUCCUGAAGCAAAGGACUUGUCACCUUAUCCUUCUCCUUCAAUUCAAAGAGGCCUCGUUGGUUAUGAUAAUGAGGACAUUCCCAUUGAUGAUGUGGAUGAUGAUGAUGAAGAAGAGCUCCCAAAAGUUGACGACGUGGAAACUGAGACUUUGAAUUUGUGAAUCCUCAUUGCAAUUAGCAUACUGAAACUCGAAUGAUCUCAUGCCGAAUGCUUACACACAAUAUUGACACAUAAUGCGUAUUCACUAGAUUGUUGAUUUUCCACCCUCUAAUAUUUAGUUAAGUUGUAUGUAUAAUAACUAAUGUUUUUUUUUUUAAAUAUAAAAGCUCUCUGGAUUUUUUGACCUUUUGUCGGACCUAAGAAGAAGAAACUCUUCGAAUAGGUGUUGGAGCGGCCAAUCAAAUGACAGAUUUCUUUUUUGGAGUUACCCAACCCUAAUUAUCUCUUUGAGACGAGUUGGCUCCCUCCGGUAUCCCCACGAGCUUCGACUCUUUGAGCCGGCUAUGAGACUAAUCCGGAGUGCGGAGGAACAGUGAUGACUAAAGGUUCAGCCCCCUCCCCAAGAAUGCAUUCAGCGGGAAUCGAACACAUAUCAAAUGACAGAUUUCUUGUCGCAAGCUCAGGCCACCAAAAAUUAAAAUAAGUGAUGACCCAUGAUUUGCCACAAUGCCACUUGCCUUAUUACUGUUAAGCCCAACUGGAUCUAUAAUUCCUGACAGCUGCUGUUCUCAACAGUCAACAGUCAACAUACAACACCGUCAUGAGUUGCAAAUCUGUUUGAUUUCUAUGGAUUUGCUGCUCUUUGUUGAAUUAGUUCUGUGGUGCCGUUCUUCUUCCUUUGUCUAUUUGAUGUUCAGAGGUCAGAAGCCAGACUUAUUUUGCUUUUGUAUUUAAAAGCUUCGGAGGUAAGGAACUGAAAAUGGGCAUUGAGUGAAAAUGUGAAAAUAUGUGGCGAGAGUUGAAGUCCCUUUGAGAAUGUGUGCACAAGAAGUGGAAUGGACAAAAAUUUUAGAAUUUUUUUUAAGUGAAAAAUAUUUCUGUUUUUGUACUGAAUUUUUUUUGUCAUACCCAUAAAAGUGGAUU